AUGGCGGCUACUUUCCGCCCUGUCAACACACCUAUGGCGAUAGAAGUGAAGAAAGAUGACGGGGCUGCGCGGUCGCCCACAACACCGACCCCGACGAAAGCUAGCUUCGGCCAGCGACCAUUACCUACAUCGCCGUUUCCACAAGCAGUUCAGAUUCCAGAAAGUAUCGAUGAAAGGCAGACUCCGAAACAAACACCCAAGCGAGAGAACUCUCAGCAUUCAAGAAAGUCGCGAGGAGGCUCCGAAGAUGUCGAUAUGGAUGAAAUAGAUGAAGAAACCCACGGGGACGACGGCGCCGGAUCGGAUGAUGAAAGCGUGAAUGCAGAUGGAACAAAGUCUAAUAAGAAGAAGAAAUCACAACGAUUUUACUGCACCGAGUAUCCACCUUGCAACCUGAGCUUUACGAGAAGCGAACACUUGGCUAGACAUAUUCGGAAACAUACCGGAGAACGUCCAUUUCAGUGUCAUUGUUCGAGACGAUUUUCACGGCUAGAUAACCUGCGGCAACAUGCACAGACUGUACAUGUCAACGAAGAUAUACCGAUAGAUUCUCUUGCCGCUACGGGUACAAGGUUUCAAAGACAAAUUCGGACCGAUCGAGUGCGACAACCUGGAAGAGCUCGGGCUUCUACAGCAGGGAGCAUGGGUUCCCCGCCUCGAGGCCAUGCCAAAUCUCUUUCUACUUCGAGUAUUAGUUCUGUUGGUUCAAAUUUCAGCGGUCGCGAUGAUGUGCGCCGACGGCCACCUCCUUUAGUCAUGGCGGAUCCGCGAUCUCGGCUUUCCAUUGAAACCUACCAUAAUACCGAAAGCGCAUAUGCCUACCGACCACCAUCUCCGAGCGAUUUCAGUACACCAACCUCGGCAACCUUUUCAACUGGCCAGAACAGUCCCCGAUGGGGAUCCGCCAUCGCAUCACCAAAUUCAUCUCAUCCCCGACCUCAGAGCAUGUACGCCGGCCAUAGAACACCAGGCCGUCGCCUAAGUGUGCCGUCUGGUGGUAUACCCUUUCAAUCUCCUCAUGGAGCUCCCUUGGGUCGCCCUCUAUUCGGCCCGGGCACCAUGAACACUUCCAAUCCCGGUGCUUUUUCUCCAACUGGGAGCCUGUUAGGAUCUCCUACCUCUUCCAUAUUUUCUUCGAGGCGUGAAUCUACAUCACAGACAGAGGAUUGGCGUCGCCGCACAUGGCAUCCCGACUCAACUAAUUUCAGCACCGUUAACAGCAGUAGCCGCUUAAGCAACGUCGUAACUCCAUCGCAAUUUAAUAACCCUGCCCCUGUCCCUGUCGCGCCACAGCAGAGCACGACACUGCGGCUGCCUGGGAUCGAGUCGUUCGGUCCCCUCCCUCAUCGCCCAGUAUCUCCUAUUAGGCGGAACCCCUCUCCUAUGAUUGUUGACUCCGAAGUUGCUCAUCCACCAGCCAUGCUUCCCCUAACCCAUUCCGCAGAUCCCGAAGAAAGGCGCAGUACAGUCCACUGGGAUAUGGGUUUACAUCGAGGUCUAACUCGCUUGGAUAUCACGUCCAAUGCGCCGUCCUCGGACGCGGCCGGUACUUGGGCCCGUGAAGCGAACCAAGCUGUUGAGGCUGAAGUAGACCGAAUGAGAGUAAACCCCCCGACAGUGCGGUUUAACGAACCCGUAGUGAUUGAAAGCAGACCACCAGGUGCUGCGAACUUUGCCAGGGCGUAUCACCAGCACACUAUGUCAGCACCUUCGAUCGCUACUUCAAGAGAGUCCAAACGGCGUGGUUGGUAUAACGGACCCGUAACAGUUCACGCCGAUGCCCCUCCGGAGAAGAUAGCGCGGGUAGAACGGAUGGUUCAUCCAAACAUAAACGAAUUCACAGGUUUUCCGGCGAGAGAAAAUACUACAAACUCCCAGCCCAGACAGGAAAAUGCUGGUGAACGGGAUAAUAUGCUUCGGUUACAGGCUCUAGUAGCAGUCGCGACAAGCGAAGGAAAUGCGACGACCGCAUACUAG